AUGAGUUCAUACUCAAGAGAGAGAUCGAGAUCUAGAUCACCUGUAGCAAGAUCAGGAAACGAAGAUCCACGCAGAGGCGGUUAUCCUGAUCGUAGCUAUAGGGAUGAUAGAAGAGGAAACUACAGCGGAGAUAACAGAAGAUCUGAAGGAUAUAACAGGGACACUUAUUCAAGAGAUAGGGACGGAGACAGAUAUUCGGGUGGAAGAUCUGUAAAUCGUGGAUACCGUUCUGUUGGAAGGGACAAUGGGUACGAGAAUCAAGGUUAUAACAGUGGUAGAUAUGGCCGUGGUAGAUCCUCGAGAUAUGAUCGAGGAGGAGCUGCUACUGCUGCUGCUGCCGCCGCUAAAGGAGACUAUGGACCGAAAUUAGCGAGAGAGCUCGAUUCUCCAUAUGAUGAAAAAGUAAACAGAAACUAUGCCAACAGUAUCUUCAUCGGUAACCUUACAUAUAAUACUACACCAGAGGAUUUGAAGGAAUAUUUUGGUAAGAUCGGUGAAGUUCGCAGAGCAGAUAUUAUUACUUCUAGAGGUCAUCACAGGGGCAUGGGUACUGUGGAAUUCAAUAACAGUACUGACGUCGAUACGGCCAUUAGAGAUUGUGAUGGUGCCUUUUUGAACGGACGUGCCAUUUUUGUCAGGCAAGAUAAUCCACCUCCUGCUGAAAUCUCGAGAACUGGAAAUAAUAACGGCCCACCGCCUCCUCCAAAACGUGCUCACGAUGAAGGUUUCGAAGUUUUCGUGGCACAGCUACCAUUCUCUGUUAAUUGGCAAGAAUUAAAAGAUAUGUUCAAACCGUGCGGUGAUGUUUUGCAUGCUGAUGUUGUCACUGAUCGUGACGGUAAGUCAAGAGGUUUUGGUACGGUCUAUAUGGCUACCAAAGAACAACAAAAUGAUGCUAUUCGUCAUUGGACUGGUACAGAGUAUAAGGGCCGUGUAUUAGAUGUUAAAGAAGGUAAAGGAACUUCUACACGUACUGCAGCCACUGGUGCCGAUACUUACAUCCCUCGUCAACCACGUAAUGAACCACCAGCAACUCUUAAACCAAAACCACUAGAUAUCGAUCCUCUGGCUAUAACUACGGGUGGUGAUAGAAACUCUGUAAUCUUCUGCGAAAAUAUGCCAUCUUCUACCACUGAAUCUGAUUUAUAUGACCUAUUUGGCAGUGUUGCACCGGUUAUAAUAACGAAAUUACUGUUGAAUCCUGAAGGUCAUUUCACAAGGAACUCAUAUUGUCAAUUUGAAACACCAGAGGACGCAGAUAUAUGUAUCAGCAAAUUGGACAAAUACUCCUAUGGAGAUCAUGAGUUAAAGGUGACUUAUGCCAGAUUCUAA